GAGUUUGACAUUGACUAAUUGCAAAUAAAAAUUGCCUAAAAUCCUUAAAAUUAAGGAUUAAUAUUGGCAGCAAUUGGAUUACAUUAUCGGCGAAAUAAUAACUUUCAGUAUUCUUUUUGUAAAUACAAGCUUUUUAAAACAGUUCUAAAUAUAUAUUCUUUCCCAUUCAUAAGUAAAAAAUAGGCAAAACAUAAAUUAACAGCAAUGGCUAUUGUGAAAACACCAGUACUCAAAGUUAUUUUAUGUGGUGAAUAUGGUGUUGGAAAAAGCUCAAUUUUCAGGCGUUUUAUAAACAACACAUUUGUACCAAGCUCAGACAGACGAUCAACAUUAGGAUUAGAUCAUUUCGAGAAGCUCUAUCAAGUCGCCGACAAGGACGUUAAAUUACAGUUAUGGGACACUGGUGGUAUGGAGAGAAUAGCAUCAGUAACAUCCAGUUAUUACAAAUUUGCUGAAGCAGCAAUACUGGUGUUUUCAUUGGAUAAUGCAUCUUCAUUCCAUGUGUUAAGUCAACAUUUGUUAGAAAUAGUAACAUAUGCUGAGAAUGCAAAAAUAUUCUUAUGUGGAAAUAAAUCUGACUUGGAAGGAUCAUCACCACAAGUAACUGAUGCAGAUAUAGAAAACUUUUGUGAACAGUGUCACAAUCUUAUCAGUACUACAUAUAAAACAUCUUGUAAAACUGGUAAGGGAUUGGAAGAAAUGUUUUCUGAUAUUGCUCUACAGUUAGUAGAUUCUAACAGGUCUAGGAUAGAGCUGCAGACUUUAGACCAUAACAGUUUUAAAAUAACUCAGCCUGAACCUCCAGAAGAACCCCAUUGUAGUUGUUAGACCAUAGACUAAUGUCUACUUUUUUAUGUAUAUAAUUUACACGUAUCCAGUAUUUUACAAACUCUGAUAUGAAUUAUUUACUGUCGUGUGUAUUCAGCAUGGCCUAAUUGAAUGAUAACAGUUUUAAUAAUUAUUCUGUAUUUGUAAUUUACAUAAGAAUUAUUUUUGGAGUAUUUGCGUAUUGGUAGAUGAUUUGCUAUAAUUAAUACUCAAUAAUUAGGCUUUUGCUAGAAAAUUUGCUCAUAAGAAUAUUUGGAUUUGUAUACAUUUUUAUUAAUACAAAAGAUAUCAUUUAUGGUAUAGGUUUUAUACAAUUGACAAAAUUUUUAAAAUAUUCCAGCUUUUACCACAGGUAUGGGCAAUAUUUGACAUGUUGUGAGCUAAACUGUAGUGUGCAAAUACAUUUAAAUGGUUUUUUUCACGAUAUCUCGUGAGCUGGUUAUCUUACAGUGGGCCGGUUUUUGCCCAUAUGUGUUUUACCAAUAGGAUAAAUUUCUUAUUGGUUCAAUUGAUGUCAUAUAUUUUUUUUUUAUUCACAAAUGUUUCUUGCAUAUCUAAGUUAUUUUUAUCUAAGGAUUAUUUUCUUAUUAUUAUGAUAAGAUGUAAUAGUAUAUUAAAAGUACCUGACACAAUCCGUUAAUGUUGUAGUGUACUGCUGAUAUUUUUUUAUAUUUUUUUUGUUGAUAUUUACUAUAAUAAUUGGUGUAAGUUAUAUGUAGAAUUAAUUAUUUUACUAGUCAAUAUUAUAUUGACAAGGUAUGAAAUGUUGUAAUAUUCAAAAUAAGCAUAAUUGUGACCUAUCACUGAAAGUGUGAUUUGCUUUUUACUCACAAGAUUAAAUACAAAAUUCAAUUAAUUAUACUUAUACCGUAUUAACAACUAAUCUUGAUACUAAUAUAAAUUUAGUUUGCCUUUUUGCUAUACUAACCAAGUUAUAAACUGUAAAACCCUGUAUUUUUGUUUUACCAUUGAUCAAAAAAAUUUCAAACUUAGAUCUUUUAAAUUCAAUGGACAUAAAAUUGACUACCACACUUACAAUUUUACAAAAUUGUCUGUCUGUGUACUGUCUUUAUAAAUGCUUUUAUCAAGACAUUACUGCCUAAACUCUAGUCUCUUUUUCGUUAUAUAGAAUUUGUCUCGGAAUAAUUUAGAUCUAUUCUCUAAAAUUGACAAGUUUUAAUUUUCAAUCUUUUUGUAAUUUUUUAAAUCUUGUUUUAUAAUGUGCUAAUUUACACCUUUUAAGAUAACCUCGAAUAGAAUGUCGUUUCCGCCUUAGUUAACUAAGCAAAUUCUAAAAACUCGACUACAAAUAAAAAAUGACACCAGACACAAUCCAGUAAUUUCGUUUAUUUAAUACUUUACCUUUCUCUUGAUUAUUUGAUCCUUGGGAUUGUAUGAAAAGAAUAAUGGAAUGAAUAAAAAUUUCUAUUCAAAUGGUAAACAUAUAUGUUAAUUUUAAUAAUGUGUUCAUCGCUUCAAAUACCGUAUUGAAUGAUGGAAAUGUAUGCUAAUAUUUUUGUAGCAGUUUUAUUGUCAUUCAUUAAUCGAGCUCUCUUUUAUUUGUAACAAUGAGUUAUGUAAUUUUAUGCUGAAGUGCAU